GUGAAUUUCGUUUCAAAUCACAUUUUUCUUAUAUAAUAUUCGAAAAUAUAUCACGUUAAAACGUGCUUACAGUGGCUGUUUCAAGUUGUUGUGGAAUGCUUAACAGCGUGACUGGAUGAUAUUGGCGUAUAUUUUACACACUAAUAUUUCAUAUCACCAAAGUCUCGAGAAGUGCUGGCGAAUAUUAAUACGAUAGACGAAGAUGUCAACGCCGUCUCUUGAUCCGGCUUUGCGCAACCGAAUUACACGAUUCCUCCAUACUGGCAAUGAAUCUCCCAGUUAUUUCCCUGGAUGCUGGGUGUCUCAUAAGUACUUUGAGGCAGACAAACUAAUUGCGAUUAAUGAAGCACUCGCAAAUGGGGCUAAUAAUAUUGAAGUGGUCAAUGUCAUCUUGCAGACAUACAAAGAUGGGUGGUACACCCGUUUUGAAACUAUUGCCUUUGCUUUAAGUAAGUGCUUACUGCUUGGCUCACCACCUGUAAGGGAAGCUGCAUACAAAGCAGCAAGUGAAGUAUGCAGUACCCCUGAACAUUUGAUGCUUUUCAACAAGUUUACUCGGUUUUUGAAAACAGGUAAUGGCCGAGGAUGGUGCAAAAAUGUAAAAGAUUGGUAUCUUAGUAAGGAACCCAUGGAAUUGGCUAAAGAAAUGACAAGGGUACGAGCUCGUCAUGGUCGCUCCCAUAAAACACUUCUACGAAAAUCUCAUGUAAAAAUACCUGAUGGUGACCAUGCUCGUGAUGCAGUGGUAAAAUAUGCUAUAUUUGGCCUUAAACGUGCCAAAAAUCUAUUAGGUGAAGCUGAAGGUACCAAGGAAAUAUUUGACUACAUCCAGGUAGUGGAGGACAUGCGACACUGUGAGGAUCCCGUUGCUGCUGGUGUGAUAGCAGCACAACACAAAUUCACACUUGACCAUGUACCUGGACAUCUACUCACUUCCCAAGAUGUAUGGAAUGCAAUAAUGCCUCAGUUCAAAUUGGAAGAACUUUUGUACCACAUCCAACGCAUCCACAAUAUGGGCUUUCUGACCAGUGAUUCUACUACAACAGCUAUACUAGUCUCUUUGCUGAAUAAUCAGGAUUUCAUCAAGAAGUCGAAGGUCACACCUCUUGCAGUUUACAUCACUUUGUGCAACUAUAAGAACAAAACCAGACCUCUAAAGCACCAGAAAGCAAAAGUAGCAGCCGAGAAAGAGCUACGUCGUCGGUCUAGACAGAUGUUCGACAGCAAAACUGGCACAUGGGAGUGGACUGUCACCAGGAGACAUCCUAAAGAAGUCAAGCACUGGGGUAUAGACCAACCACCGAAUACCGCGGUUUUGGCUGCACUCAACAAGUUGAUCGACCAAACAUGGCUGCUGACGCCACCGACGAAGGUCCGCUACAUGAUCACCAUGGACAUGAGACACCACAUGUUUAAAGGUCGUCAUUUUUGCAAGACCUUCGUAAUACCGAAGAAAGGAAAGCGAACAGCGACUAAUACGAACCCGAGCGGAGGCGGCGACGCUGACACCGAGAAAAAAAGCAAGAAGCACCUAGUGGCUGAGUGCUUUCAUAAUAAAUAUGUCACACCAGGCCAUGCAGCAAUAAUACUGGCUCUGCAAAUAUUGAAGCGUGAGAAAAACGUAAAGUUAGCGGUGUUCACGGAAGAGGGUGUGCAGAUUAUUACGAUAGAGCGCAAUUUCACCAACAUUGAUGAAGCAGAGUUCGUGUUGAGAAAAGCGAACUUAGGUCGCGUUCAACUCGAUGCUCCAAUCGUGUGGGCCGCCAAGAACAAGCAGAAAGUGGAUGUAUUCAUCAACAUGGUGGACCGGACUACUCGCUACAUGGAGCUGGAGCAAGCAGCUCGCGGUGGCCGCGGACCGGGCGGUCGCUAUGGACCGCCGCCGACAGACGAUACACCCGACCACUGUCCGGUUCGUGCGCUGCAGCGAUACAGGGACAGCUCGGGCGUCAAGGAUGCUAAAUUGAUCGUCAUGUCCUUGGCAUCGCACCGCGUAGCUACUACCGACGGCAGCCAUGAAGGAGUCCUGGACAUCAUUGGAAUAGAUGAACAUGUCCCCAAGGUGAUGGAUGCAUUUGCACUCGGCCAAUUCAAGUGAAUCAUUCGCAUUCGAAUAACGAUAUAACAAGGACACAUCUGUCAAUUUCAAUACAACACAGCGUAAAGAAAUCUAGAUCUCACUAGGAAAAAGGGAGCAAGUGCAGGGCCCAUUACCCUUUAAAUAAAAGUAUUAAACGAAAUAACAUUAUGUUUUACAUUUGACUACAAUAAGUACAUUAAGUUUACUAAUAAAAUAGUGCUUCUUUACGCUGUGGAUAACUGUCAUUAAUUUUAAUCUUUAACCUCUGACCUCGAUAUUGCAAUGAAUUUUUUUGAACCAUAAUGUGUUCUGGUCCUCAUCUAAUAGGAUAAAAUUAAAUCGUGAAACCUCAUUCUUAUGUAUUUGUUAGAUAUUAGUGGUGCGGUAUUUGUUAAAAGUUAUACAAAUUAAAGAGGGUAUGAAUAGAUUUGAACACAUUUUCCCGCUGCAAUGUUAUCAACAUGUUAAUAUUAAGAAUUAAUCAUAAUAUUGAAACUACAACUAACUUGUCAACACCAUUUAAAAUUUCUAUCAGCCCCUCAAAGGUUAACUGGAAGAAAUCCCUUUUAUGGAAUAAAUCCGCCAUUAUACUCAAUCUUUUUUUAAUUCUUCUUAAGAACUUAAUCUUACAAUUUAAGAUUUUAUUGUACAAUAAAAUGUUACAAACAUUAUCUCCAUAUUUUAUACACUUGUAUGUGCAGUAUCACGUUAGCAAAACACAAGUGUGUGUAUUGUUGACGAAAGACAAUAAAAAUUACUUAAUAUUAACGAAAUCUGGUUCAUAUUUUGUUUGUAUUGUUUUGUUUGUGUUUCACGCGCCUGCGUUAGACCUCUUUACAAAGGGGCGGAAUUUCGUACAGAUUUCUGCAGUACUCUAAGCGUACCUAUGUAGUUUACCAAAUAUAUAAUGCGAUAUUAGUAAAUGGGGUUUGAACGUAAAACUACAUUUACUAAUAUCGCUUGAAACACUUAAUAAUAUUCCUGUAGAUAAGUUUCUUUGUAAAAUCUUACGACGUAAAAUCGUCAUACCCCUUUAAUUAAACUUGCGAAAUUCCAUAUAAAGAGGUCUUAGGGUUUUUGAAGACAAUGUAUUUUAUACGCGCUGAUGAAGCGCUUUUCGGACGAGAUUGUCGCGAGGAUUUGUUUUUUAGACGUUUACGGCGCCGUAAUUGUACAUCUGUGAAACGCGCGUAGUCUUCGUGUAGAAAAUACACCGUCUGCAAUCAAUCUUAUUGUUAAAUUGUCGUGUUAGUUGUGGGUAGUUCACUUAACCUAAUUAUAUACAGUUUUCUAACAGAUUGUGUAACUCCGUCUUUGGAUCUCUGCUUAUGAAAAAUUUUAAAGUUAUAAAUUUUAAUAAGCUGCAAUUUUUCAAAAGAUCGCUUUUCGUUAUUUAAGUUUAAUGUCGGAAGAGAAUUUGUGUCUAUGUAUUGUGGUACGUCAACUCGAUUUAUUGUAAUAUAAAGGGUUAGUUGGAAAGUGUAUACUAAACAAAAAUCUAAUGAUAGUGUUCUUGAAACUGAGCAACUUUUCUCAAGGAACCUAGUCGAAAUAUGAAAUUAUAUUUUAUCUGUGCAUCUCAUGAUCUAUAUAUUUAGUAAUAUAAAGUUCCAAAAUUGUUUAUUGUACAAUUUUCUUUGGAGAAACUUGUUCAAGUUCUUCAGUAUUACACUUUCCUAUUAACUCUUGCAUUAACUGUUACAAAUAUUGAUUUUUAAAAUAUGACUAAUAUUGAUAUGUUUUUCAUAGAUCGAGACGACCAUAUUUUAUUUCAGUGUUAUUUAUGAAAAUGUUUGUUUAAUUUUAAGAUGCUAGCUUACGCUAACAGUUUUACUUCCAAAUUAGUAUAUUUUAUUGCAGAAUAAUAAUUAACUUAUAUUACGGUUUCCUUUUAUAUAUUUUACAUUUUACGUGUGUAUUGUUAAUGUCCUUUAAGUAUAUAGUUGAAUAUAUUUACCUUUUAUAAACGAAAGCGCUUCUACCAUGUUCGCGUAAGCUUAAUUUUGUCUUAUUUAAGUAGUAACUGUGUAUUUCUAGUUAAUUUUAAGUUUAGUAUCUGUAGCUUGAACCAUUAAUAACAGGGUCGUUUUGGUUAUUCAAAAAUCUGGCACCUGAUACUCGUAAUUCACUGCUAUGUGUUCAUUGUUACAAUUAAUAAUGAUGGGAGUCAAAUAGUGGCAAUAGGGGGAUAUUUCUUUUAUGUAUGACUUAUAAAAGAAGGUAUUUCAUAAACUGAAUGUCAUUUCGCCUCCCACGUUUGAUCGCCAGUACUCACCUAGGUGUUGUUUCAAAUUUUAUUUAUUACUAUUUGACUGUUAUAAAGUAGUCCUUAGGUGAACGGUUGUGUAAUAAUGAACUUUUCAAUUUGCCAAAGCAGUUGUGCAUUUGUAAUGUUUUAUAAUGAGUACUGGUUGUCAAACUUAUUUUGUUUAGCAAAUAUAAAAUAAUUAUAGCGCAUAUCUUUCGUAUUUAUAGACAAAAUGAAAACAGGUACAUGCUCAUGUUUUUUGUUCAAUAUUUACUUACUAAUUUUUGUGGUAUUGUGUAGGUAUAUAUAUAUAUUUUUGAAAAUAAGCUGUAUCCAUUACUAAACAUGUAGUAGUAAUAGUGGGACUCAGAUACUAUGGGCAUGAAUCCGCUUUCAUACUGUGUUGUAGUAAUAGGUAGAUCCGUUUCAACAUGUUGGUUACUUUUGUACUGAUAUGAACGGACUUUCAGAAUCUGUGAUCACUUGGUACUCUCUCGGGUUUAAGUCAUUUUUUAUAACUGAAAAUGUUGAAAAUUUUCAAAACUUAGAUAAAAUGUAACUCAAAAACGCUAAGCACGCUUUUUUAUAUUGUGUAAUAUUGUUUUGUUGAAACAUAUAUUAGAUGAGUAGUUUUUUUUUUUUAUUUUUCUUGUUUAACACAAGCAAUUAUUUAUUUAAGCCUUUUUUUACUACUAUCGGUCUCAUAAAUACAUUAUUAUUUAGUGAUUUGUAAUAACUUGUAAUUUGCACCAUUAUUUGGUACUUACCUCGAGUAAAAACAAAUUUAUUCUGAACCAAACAUUCUAUGUUUUACUUUAUGUCUUGUUAACUGUCUCUAGAAUAGCGUACUGUGAUUUGGUGAUGCCUUGGCAACUUCAACUUAAGUGAUAUUUUUACUGAGGACUGAGUUUCUCGCAUGCUUAUAUAAAAAAACCCAAUUACAAGUUGAGCUUAGAUUUUAGUUUUUAAUUAUUAGAAUAGUACAUUUUUAAUCAUUAUUUGCAUACAAAUUUUGUUGCAUUCAACAAAUUUUGUUUUUUUAUUUGUUGAACUUUGGUAUUUUGUUCUGCUUGUGCAUUUUUAUUCAAAAAUACAGAAAAAGUGUUCCGUCCCAUAAAAAUUCAACUGUUGUAUUUGGAAUACAUAAUAUGCUUUAGCAAUAAGUUAAUAAUAGUCAUAAUAAUUAUUAUUAUGUUUAUUAACUCACUCACAGCAUAUCAACAGCACCAUAUUAUGAAUAACAGAAUGUAAUAAACGUUUAUAAAAUGUACUUGCAUGUUUAUUUUCAUGUUAAAUAAACUCUUGGAUAAAAUAGUUUAUUUAUUU